CUCCAUGACAAUCAGCUGAACAGUUUACCUUGUGCUUUGGGAGAACUGCAGGAGCUUCAGCAACUGCGGCUCAGUCAUAACCAGCUGAGAGCACUUCCUGUGGAAGUGUGUACUUUGAAGAACCUCCAUAGCCUCACACUCCAUCAAAACCUGCUGGAGACCCUGCCAGAGGUCCUGGGACAACUGGAGAACCUGACCGAGCUGGAUCUGUCCAACAACCACCUGAUGGGCCUGCCCUCCAGCCUCGGCCGCCUCACCUGUCUACAGAAACUGAAUCUAAGUCACAACAAACUCAGCUGUCUGCCUGACACCGUGACCCAGCUCACAAAUGUUAAGCUGCUGGACUGCAGCAAUAACCAGCUGACUGAAAUUCCUGCCAGCCUAUCAGAGAUGCUUGCUCUGGAGCAGCUCUACCUCAGACACAACAAGCUCUGCCUCCUCCCAAAGCUCCCUGCACCUGUGCUUAAGGAGCUGUAUGUAGGUAACAACCAGAUUGAGCAGUUGGAGACAGAGCAGCUGGCCGUCCUGACAACCUUGUCUCUUCUAGAGCUCCGCGACAACAAAAUCAAAACCAUCCCUGAACAGAUAUCCUUUCUGAGCACACUCACAAGACUCGACCUCACCAACAAUGACAUUACCACUCUUCCAGCAUCGCUCAGCCUGCUGCCUGAUCUGAAGGUGUUACUGUUGGAGGGAAACCCUCUGCGAGGAAUCAGAAGGGAUCUGCUCACUAAGGGAACCAAUGAGCUUCUGAAAUAUUUAAGAGGAAGAAUUAAAGAGGAGCCUGAGAGACCAGAUGAAGGACAUACAGCUAUGACUUUACCCAGCCAGACCAGGGUCAAUGUCCACAACAUUAAAACUCUCAAGUUAUUGAUGUACAGCGAGAUGCAGGCAGGUAGUAUUCCAGAUGAGGUGUUUGAUGCUGCAGUAGAUCAAGGUGUUACCACUGUUAACUUCAGCAAGAACCAGCUGACCUCCAUACCUCCCAGACUGGUGGACUUCCAAUCCUCAGUGUCAGAUAUCAAUCUGGGUUUCAACAGACUGAUCUGCUGUUCUCCUGACAUCUGCAAGUUCCUGCAGCUGACACACAUCGACCUCAGGAAUAACCAGCUGAGUGAUUUACCAUCUGAAAUGAAGAACUUAACUAAACUGUGCUCCAUUAUCCUCAGCUACAACAGGUUCAAGUCCUUCCCUGAAGUACUCUAUCAGAUAGUUUCCUUGGAGUCGGUGUUGCUUGGUAACAACCUGGUGGGUGUGGUGGACCCUUGUCGUCUGAAAAAGUUGGUUCAUCUGUCAACACUGGACCUGUCAAACAAUGACCUGCUGAACAUUCCCCCUGAACUGGGCCUGUGUACCAGCCUCAGGUGUCUCAGUCUGGAGGGGAAUCUUUUUCGCACUCCCAGAGCAGCCAUCGUGGCCAAAGGAACGGAUGCAGUGAUGGAGUACCUCCGCAGCCGCAUUCCUACAUGAUCCUGACCUCCGGGGUCAUGAUCAACACAUCUUCUGGCCUUGCAAUUCCUUGUUUCUUUCUCAGUAUUGACAUUUAAAUGCAUCAACAGCCACCUGAUUGUUCUUUAUCUUUAUUGUACACAAGUCUGCAGUCAGAAGGAAACCAGUAGCCAAAGUUUCCCUCUUGAAUUUCAAUGUUGCUCCAGUGAUGUGGUUUGUGUUAGAUGGAUGUGUAGAAUGUGAUAAAUAUUCCUGGACAAUCGGAGUCAAACUCAUGCCGACGUGUGACAGAAAAGAACCAAUGACACUUCACUCAAUAAAGUUGUUAUAUAACUUUA